UUGUAUCUUCUCGUGCUCAAUGCUCAAGAUCUUGCAUCUUAGUGGUUUCUCCAUUGAAACAUUAAAUCUGCCUUGCACGUUGCCGCCUAACCUCACAUCACUUUUUUUUGAAUAUGUUGAAUUUUGUCCUACAAAUCUUUCAGAUUAUGUUGUUGAUGUUCCAAUGCUGGAGAAUCUGACAUUUAGUAGUUGCAAGAAUAUAUUUCACUUCAAAAUUACAGCUCGAAAACUUUGCAGUUUGACAAUCAAAUAUUUCUAUCGUAGUGAACUCAGCCUCAGCAUCGACUUAAAAUCUAUCUGUACUCUUGAGUUGGAUAGUUAUUCUGUCCAGACAAUUCUUGGCACAGGUGCUACAAUGGGACAUCGACUUCAGCAGAAUGUGCUAAAUGUGGAAUUGUUGAAGCUAUCAGCACUUCAUUUGCAAAGGGGUGUUGAGACCUCUGCAUUUGUAAGCUUGCUAUGCAUAUGCCCGAAGUUACACGAACUUGAAAUAUGUUUUUGGGGGACAGAGGAUACCACUAAGGCUACAGAUACUACAUCAAAGCGAUUGAAAAAACUUUGCAGUGUUGUUCAAACAUACGAAAGGCUUCACAUUUUGAAGUUUGCCUCAUUCCGUGGAUUUAAGGCUGAAAUGCUUUUCAUUAAAGAGAUGUUGGCCGGUGUUCCCUCACUAGAAAGGGUUAUCUUUAUGGGCACUUCUAUGUAUGAGUAUGACAGCUACAAGAAACAUGAGAUCAUCGACGAAGUGUUGUGUUUUCCGCGUGCAUCUACUGAAGUAAAAAUUGUGUACUAGCAGCUCAUCUCUCCAAGUUAUUGAAUGGAAGGUAGUUUUUUGUGCACUAACACUACAUGCAAUAUAUAUGGUUAUGUUAAUCACUUAUGAUAUAUGGAUGUUACGUUUUGUG